AGUGUAUGCAAAAUGUAUCAUGCGAUAUGCAUCCGGAACAAUCAUUACGCGGUACUUAAACAAAUUAAAAUUUACACCCUGUUUUGCAUGUGCUGGCACAGGUAGCAGCUCUCGUUCGGUUAACUGGCGCACCGCCUACGCCUACGCCUGCACCAACGCUCAUAAAAUUGCCAGCACAACGUGGCCAACACCAACAUAAUUAACAUAACUAAUGGAAAUUUAUGAGUCAACUCCGGUGAUGCAAAAAGUGAAGGCAAUAAAAGAAAUAAAAAAGAGGAAAAUAUGGAAAUAUAGUAAAUUAAACAGUUUGGCAACAAUAAAAUCCCAUGAAAGCAAGAUUGAUGUGUUUGAUCGACCGAUUGACUCGUUAAGUCAUCAAACCCGACGAAAAAAACUGCGUUGGAUUGAUUUAUGAUGCCCGCACGCACGCACGCAUAUAUUUUUGUCAUUUUUAUGACAAUUGGAUUCAUCCAUGGAUUAGGCCCUGUCCCUCAAGACUACUACGGCCCACCAAGAUACCAGCCCCCACCACAAAUCAACCAAUGGAACACCUGGACCCCUCAACAACCUCAACAACCCCAACAACCUCAAAUCAUCCGUGUCCCCGUUCAAGUCCCCCAACCAUACCCAGUCUACGUCGAAAAGAAAGUACCUGUACACAUUCGUGUACCAGUACCACAACCCUACCCUGUUCAUGUAACAAAAGAAGUGAAAGUACCUGUGCAGGUACGUGUCCCCCAACCGUAUCCCGUACAAGUCGAAAGGAAAGUUCCGGUACGUGUAGAAGUACCAGUACGUGUCCCAGUUUACGUCCGACAGCCAUACCCGGUGAGAGUAGAGGUACCAGUGACUAGGAACGUACCGUACCCUGUUCAAGUCAUCAAAGAAGUGAAGGUACCCGUGCAUGUACCACAACCACAACCGUAUCCAGUGCAUGUUACAAAAGAAGUAAGAGUACCAGUUGAGGUUAAGGUACCUGUAAGAGUGGAGGUACCCAAGCCGUAUCCUGUGCAAGUAAAGGUUGAAGUACCAAAACCAUACCCGGUUUAUAUCAGGGUACCGCAACAACCGGAGAGGCCACAGAUUCCGGAUAGUUAUUAUCGUCGUGAACAGGUUAAGGACACCUAUGGUCAACCUGGAUUUAUCCCUGGACAACCAUUAAAUUAUUAUUAAUUUAUUUA